AAAUGGAUCUACUAACUGCAAUCUUUUUCCUGGCUGCUUUGCUGCACCAAUCUGAUGGACAGGGUUUUCGGUAUAAACGAAUGGACAUUUCCUCCUUUCCUCAUUUUAAGUUUCAAAACCAAAAACAGAUCCUUGAGCAACACAAUGAAAUACGGAGGUCUGUACUUCCCACAGCCAGGAACAUGUUGAAGAUGGUGUGGAGUGAGAAAGCUGCCAAAAAUGCUCAGAAAUGGGCAAAUAAGUGUGGGAUGAAAAUCAGUCCAAGAGAUCAGAGAGUCAUUAAUGGUGUCACCUGUGGUGAGAAUGUAUUACUAUCAUCUUACCCAAGAACAUGGGCUGAAGCAAUUCAAGUCUGGCACAGUCAGUCCUCCGAUUUCAAGUAUGGAUUUGGAGCAACUGCGAAAAAUGUCAAUAUUGAGAACUAUACUCAGCUAAUCUGGUACAACAGUUACCAGAUUGGAUGUGCAGUUGCCUACUGUCCUAAGAAUCAGUUCAACUACUUUUAUGUUUGCCAAUACUGUCCUCCAGGAAAUAAUGCAAUGCAAAUAGCUACACCUUACAAAAGCGGACCAAAAUGUGCAGACUGCCCUGGCCACUGUGACAGAGGGCUUUGCACCAAUCCUUGUAAGUAUCAAGACUACUUUGGAAACUGCAGAAAUCUGAAAAUCUUGUUUAGCUGUAACCAUUCACUGGUGAAGGAGAAGUGUCCUGCUACCUGUAGAUGCACCACUCAAAUCAUAUAA